CCCUGAAGCUCCGGCCUGAGCCCUGCGGCCCCACCCGUGUCUCCUCCCACCGGGCGCCGGCGCGGGACAGCUCGGGGUCCCCCUGCAUGGCCACCCCGGGGGCCGCCGAAGGGGCAGAGGCCUCCAGCUGUCUGGGCCGCACGCGCGGCCGCCAGGGCUGCCCCAGGCCCCCGAAGCACCUGUGGCGGCAGCCCCGGCGCCCCAUCCGCAUCCAGCAACGCUGCCACUCCGACCCCGACAAUCCCGUGGGCUGCCGCGACCCUUCUCGGAGCGCGCGGCCAGGGCUUAGGACCACAAGGCGCUCGUGGCCCACCUCCUUCCGGCAGCGCUUUGACCUGGAACAUGGGCCGGCGUGUGGCAGGGGCGCCCAGGCCCCGGGCUCGCACGGCCAGCGGCGAGAGUCCUUCCUGUAUCGUUCGGACAGCGACUAUGAACUGUCGCCAAAGGCCAUGUCUCGGAACUCCUCCGCGGCCAGUGACCUACACGGGGAAGACCUGAUCGUGACGCCCUUCGCCCAGGUCCUGGCCAGUCUGCGGACCGUGCGCAGCAACGUGGCGGCUCUGGCCCACGGCCACGCCCAUGGGGCCACCCGGCCGGAGCCUGUGGAGAGCCCGCCCGGCCGCAGCCCGCAGGUGCCAGAUGCAGAGGACGCGGGGCGGCCGCUGGCGCUGGAGACGCUGGCGGAGCUGGACUGGUGCCUGGACCAGCUGGAGGCGCUGCACACGCGGCACUCGGUGGGCGACAUGGCCUCCACCAAGUUCAAGCGCAUGCUGAACCGAGAGCUGACCCACCUGUCUGAAACCAGCCGCUCGGGAAACCAGGUGUCAGAGUACAUCUCCCGGACCUUCCUGGACCAGUGCACCGAUGUGGAGCCGCCCCCGCGGCCCCUGUCCGAGAUCCCCGGCCGCGGCCUGUCUGCGGCUGCAGUCCCGCGCUUCGGGGUGCAGACGGACCAGGAGGGGAAGCUGGCAAAGGAGCUGGAAGACACCAACAAGUGGGGCCUUGACGUGUUCAGGGUGGCCGAGCUAAGUGGGAACCGGCCCCUUACGGCCAUUCUGUUCAGCAUCUUCCAGGAGCGGGACCUGCUCAAGAAGUUCCAGAUCCCAGCGGACGCCCUGGCCACCUACCUGCUGACGCUGGAAGGUCACUACCACGCCGAUGUGGCCUAUCACAACAGCCUGCAUGCGGCCGACGUGGCGCAGUCUGCACACGUGCUGCUGGCCAUGCCUGCGCUCGAGGCCGUGUUCACGGACCUAGAGGUCCUGGCUGCCAUCUUCGCCAGUGCCAUCCAUGACGUGGACCACCCCGGGCUCUCCAACCAGUUUCUCAUCAACACCAACUCCGAGCUGGCGCUGAUGUACAACGACAUCUCUGUGCUGGAGAACCAUCACCUGGCGGUGGGAUUCAAACUGCUGCAGGCGGAGAACUGUGACAUCUUCCGGAACCUCAGUGCCAAGCAGUGGCUGAGUCUGCGCAGGAUGGUGAUUGACAUGGUGCUGGCCACCGACAUGUCCAAGCACAUGAACCUGCUGGCUGACCUGAAGACCAUGGUGGAGACCAAGCAGGUGACCAGCCUCGGCGUCCUGCUGCUGGACACCUAUGCGGACCGCAUCCAGGUCCUGCAGAACCUGGUCCACUGUGCCGACCUCAGCAACCCCACCAAGCCGCUGCCCCUCUACCGCCAGUGGACUGAUCGCAUCAUGGCUGAGUUCUUCCGGCAGGGCGACCGGGAGCGUGAGUCCGGCCUGGACAUCAGCCCCAUGUGCGACAAGCACACGGCCUCAGUGGAGACGUCCCAGGUGGGCUUCAUUGACUACAUUGCCCACCCGCUGUGGGAGACCUGGGCUGACCUGGUCCACCCUGAUGCACAGGACCUGCUGGACACGCUGGAGGACAACAGGGCGUGGUACCAGAGCAGGGUCCCUCGGAGUCCCGUGGACACUGUCAGCUCUGAGCGGGGAGCCCCUGACAGGUUCCAGUUUGAGCUGACACUGGCGGAAGCAGAGGAGGAAGCAGAGGAGGAUGGGGGGCAGGAGGAGAGCACCGCGUCACUGUGCACUUAGCUCCUGUCCCCCAGGCCCCGUCUUGGACACCAGGGCUUGGGGAGCUGAACAUGGGCAUGGUGGGGAACCCGAGGGCCAAGGCCUCAGGUCCCCCACCCUCGGCCUGGGCUCGGCUUUCCAGAAGCGGCUCCUGGCAGCCAUGCUUCCUCUGUGGGAGCCGCCAGCCUCGGGUCCUGGGCUCACACUCAGUGGAGCUGGUGAGGCACAGAGAGGGGCUUUGGGGCCAGCCACCUCCAGCCAUCACUCUGGAGCCCUGGCCUUCAUCCAGUUCUUUCUUCUUUCUUUCCUUUGGCCUUCUGGGGGCUUGAACCCAGGGCCUUCACACUGAGCUCCAUCCCAGCCCAUGUUUUAUCUCUUUGAGACAGGGUUUUCCUAACUGCUAAGUUGCCCGGGCUGGGCUUACACCUGAGAUCCUCCUGCCUCAGCCUCCCCGAGUGCUGGGACCACAGAUGUGCUCCACCUUGCCUGCCUCCCUCCUUCCCUUUGGCAGCCCUGGAGAUGGCCUAGGCCCUGCUAGGCAAGCUCUCACCCCCGGCCGCCCGCCCCCUGCCUCCCUCAGUAAUGUCGACAAAUCCACGGAAUCCCCACCCGCCCCGGACCCUGCGUCUGAUUGCUGAGGCUGCGCUGGGCCUCCAUGACCCACAUGGCCUGAUCCUAGUACUUGGCUGGACUUUGGUGGCUGUGACCUCCAGAAGUAUCAUAGAAAUUUGGGGCCACUGGACAUUUCUCUGGGGUUCAAUUGACCCUUCAGGCCUGAAGACACCCUGCUCUCCAAUAUUAGUGUCCCUUCUGGGGACUCUGCGGUGCCCAGUGCCUGGAGUCCUAGCUACUUAGGAGGCUGGAGCAGGAGGGUGGGGAUUUCAAGGGCAGUGUGGGCUACUUAGCAACACAAUGCCUCAAAAUAAAAAAUAAAAACGG